CGGCGAGGAUAAAGCAAGAUGGCGUCUGACGGUGAAGACGUUAUUGCAGUCGUCACAGUUCAGUGUUCUUAAUCUGUGCCUCCAUGUACACAUAUAUGUCCUUUAUUACACUCUAGUAAAUAGAGUAAACAUCGUUAAUAACUGUUUGCAUCCGGUUAUAUUAGUCUGAGCGCACUUUGAUGCGUCUCGAGCUAGCUUAGCCUGCUAGUUAGCUUAGCUUGUUAGCUGCUAACAAAGAGAGGCGGAAGUGAUCAAAACACAUCACUAAGUAAAGAUCAAGUGUGAGUGUAAAGUGUUGUGAUUGUGUGAAAAUGUGCCAAAGAACGACAGCAGAGUACGAGGAGGAACUUUGUCCAACAAAAGAGGAGAAGGAGCGACAACAUGAAAAACCCCAAGUUGUGAAACACAGAACAGACAUCCAUCAGCUGAUUGAACACCAAGAAGAAUGUCUCCCUCAUCUGCAGGGGGACAGUUUCACUGUAAAGUAUCCACAGCCCUCACAUUUUAAAGGGGACAAAGAUGAGCCACAGCCCUCUUAUUUCAAAGAGGAAGAGGAGGGAGAGUGUCCUGUAGGGCAGGAGGAGGCUGAUGUCAGCAAGUUUCCACUGACUGUUGUCUCUGUGAAGACUGAAGAGCAUGAAGACAAACCACCUGAGUCCUCACAGCUUCAUCACAGUCCAAACGUCUGUGAAGAACAUCUUCACCCUGAGCAACAGAAGUGGAGCUUCAGGAUGCGGACAGAGGAGCCACCGCCCUCCCACAUUAAGAAGGAAGAGGAAUACCCACUGAUACCCCAUUUUAAAAAGGAAGAGGAGGACCCACUGACACCCCAUUUUAAAAAGGAAGUGGUGGAUCCACUGACCCCUCACUCUAAGGAGGAAGAGGAGGACCCAGUGACCCCUUACAUUAGAGAGGAAGAGGAGGAAGAGGGCAUCAGUCAGCCUAAAUGGUUGGAGGAGUUCCCAGUGACUGGUGUCCCUGUGAAGAGUGAAGAUGAUGAGGUGAAAGGUGAAAGUGAGGAGAGGGGAGGGGGGGAGCCUCCAAGCAGCAGCUCAACACAACACAUGACAACAGAAGCUGAUGGAGACCACUGUGGAGGAUCACAAGCAGACAAGCUCUUAGCUCCACUAUCAGAUAGUGAGGACACAACGUCACACUCUCCUGACACUGAUGAUGAAGACUCUAAAGAUGAUAAGACAUGUCACACUGACAACACUCACUUCACAUCUUCUCACUCUCACAAAACCUUUCAAUACCAUUGUCGUCUGAAAAGACACAUGAGAACACACACUGGAGAAAAACCUUUUACUUGUUCAAUCUGUAGUAAAGGUUUUGUAAAAAGUAGCUAUUUGAAAGUACACAUGAGAACACACACUGGAGAAAGACCUUUUUUAUGUUCAAUCUGUGGUAAAGUUUUUAUUCGAAGGUACUAUUUAAAAUCACACAUGAGUACACACACUGGAGGAAAACAUUGUUCCUGCUCAGAAUGUGGUAAAAAUUAUACUCAAAGCCAUAAUUUGAAAACACACAUGAGAAUAGACACUGGAGAAAAACCUUUUUCAUGUUCAAUCUGUGGUAAAAAUUUUACUCGAAGGCAAAAUUUUAAAACACACAUGACAAUACACACUGGAGAAAAACCUUUUUCAUGUUCAAUUUGUGUCAAAAAUGUUACUCAAAGGCAAUCUUUGAAAGUACACAUGAGAUUACACAAUGGAGAAAAAAAAUGUUUCCUGCUCAGACUGUGGUAAAAGUAUCGUACUAAAUCAAAGUUUAAAAGUACAUAUGAGAACACACACUGGAGUAAAACGUUUUUCAUGUUCAAUCUGUGGUAAAAAUUUUACUCGAAGGCAAAAUUUUAAAACACACAUGACAAUACACACUGGAGAAAAAACCUUUUUCAUGUUCAAUUUGUGUUAAAAAUUUUACUCAAAGGCAAUCUUUGAAAGUACAUAUGAGAUUACCACUGGAGAAAAUAAAAUUUCCUGCUCAGAA